AUGUUUGCUGUAUGCUGUUUAUUCGGAAACUGGUUAUCACAAGCAGAAAAUGAUAUUAAUAGUGUUAUUGAAAUUAGGAAAAAUGGUUUAUUUAUAACAACAAAAUUACCAAUCGAAGAGUACACAGGAAUUAACUCAUCUUUGUAUGAAGAAUUAAGUAUACCAACUCAUGUACAUAAUAUUAAUGAUAUGACAUCUGAUUUUAGUCCAAUUUUAUUUCAAUCAGAUAACAUUGAUAUUACUACAUCACCUGAUUCUACAUUUAGUUUAGAAAAUUAUCAUAUCGCAAAUUAUUCAUUUGACCAAUUUAUAAGAAGCCAUAAUUCUGGUAUUGUUUUAUCAACCAUUUAUCCAAACACUUCAUUAAUUUUUUCACAAUCAUUUAAUUCAUUGCCAAAUUUAAGACAACAUGAUGAUAACAUUUUAUCACAAAUACUUGUUUCAGACGAGUUACAAACAGAUACAAUAAAUAUAAACAAUAAUCAAAAUAAUAAUCAUAAUAUAUUUUAUGUAACAUCUUCUCAAAACUUUGGCAUUUCAAAAAAAAUAACAAAUAAUGAGGAGUGCCAGAUUACACUAUCAAUAGAUAAUUUACCUUCAUAUGAAGAAAUAAUUUCUAAUACAGAUAAAAUUACUCAACCUAAAAAUGUCAAUAUUGAUUUAAAAUAA